AUGAAAAUCGUCCUGUUGGCGCUAUUCGUGGCGGCUGUGGCUGCGUUUCCAGCUGAGAAGUCCAAAGAAUUGGAGCCAUCUCCCAUUGCUAUCCCUGAGUUAAUUUUGCCUGAAGGUAUCGAAGAACUGCCUAAACCUCAAGCCCAAUUCGGUGAGAUUUUCAAUGAUGGAAACGUACAAGUAGCUGUUAAUGCACCCGAGGACCCCGGAAUGUUGGCUACUCUUCAAUCCUGGUUAAACAUGGUGAUCAACUACAUUAGCAACGGCGGUCAAACCUCUGAACAGAUUGUCUAA